GAGCGACGAAACUUACAAAAUGGCGGCCCCCUUGAAAAUCUUCGUAGAUACCUAAUUUGACAAAAUUUUAAGUCGUCCUGUCUAUGAAAAAAUAACCCUGAAGUCAAAAUUAAUACGGUAAAUCAGUGAAAUACAAUUUAAAUGGCUUAAACUAGUUGAGGAUGCCACGACGUCUUUUCGAUGUUUAUUAAAGUUGCUGUGAAUGAGGGUUCAGAUUAGGUUUAGACUUUAGACUUUACUUUAGACGUUACGUUAGUACUUAGUCGGCUUAGGCUUACAUUUUCAUUUACCAUUUAGUCAGUCAUUUUCAUCUAGGGUUCAGGUUGGGUUUAGGGAUACAUUUAGGGUUCAGGUUAGGUUUAGGGAUAAAUUUUAGGGUUCAGGUUAUGUUUAGAGAUACAUUUACUGGUAAAUUAUUAGGAAAUGUCCCGCGAUGGCCGCCAUCUUGGUUGACACAACCAGUUAAUGUUGUGACUAAUGAGUCUAAUGUAUCCCUAACUUGAUCCCUAUGCCUAACCUGAACCCUAAAUCGAUCCCUACGCCUAACCCGAACCCUCUAAAUCGAUCCCCACGCCUAACCCGAACCCUCUAAAUCGAUCCCUAUGCCUAACCUGAACCCUAAAUCAUCUAGGUACUUUGAUUAGAAAAUUAAAACUUUUUAUAAAAAUAAACCAAUGGCAUAGUUGAAUAAAGCUAAUUUUUAAAAGAAUUAUAACACCAAAUCAUGUUUUUAGCUGUUGUAGUUUUAAAAGUUAUGAAUUUUUAAAGUACGACUUAAUUUGUCCUUUUUAACAUCUCCAUUUUCUGGUACCCAAUUCCGCUGUUCGCGUCACGAGCUAUAUAACUUAGAGCUUUAUGAUAAGCGCUAUAUAAAAAUGCCUAAAUAAAUAAAUAAAUAAAUAAAUAAACUCUUGUUUUAAUGAUAAUUUUAUUUUCAGAACUAAAGCUGUAUUAAAAAAAUAAGUUUAAUAAUGUUAACAAUUAUAGAUAAAUUGUAGCUUAUCUAACUAUGCACUAUUUAUAUAAUUAAAUUUAAUAUAAUGUAUUAAUAUAUGGCUUUUCUGUUUACGAAAUCUUCAGCGUCCAUUAUACCGGUAAAUGCUAUAUAGUCUAUAUAAGGCAAAUGCACCCCCUAAAAUGUUGUUUGGUAUCUACUUAUUUUGAACUUUCAACUAGGCACAUGACUAAUUAACUAAAGCUUUCCCUGACUCUUAUUAAUGAAACUUGAGGGAGCCGGUAGUACUACGGCAUAGCAUCAUGCAAAUGGCUGUGGUUUCCCAUGACUUUUUGCACACUGUCAAUUCUGAUCGCUAAUAAUAUGGACUCUACUGGGUUUUUAAAGCUCAAAUUUAAAAAUUCUAGUUAAAAUGUCUUCAAAAUGCAUUCUGAAACACAAGUUAACAAAUAUUUUGAUGUAUAUAGAGAUAAUAAUGAAUAUUUCCUAAGCUAAGUAUCGGCGUUUUCUGCCAUUUAAAAGGGGGCGGGAUCACUAAUCCAAAAUGGCCUGUGCGACCUUUGCAUAAUGAGGUCAACGUUGAGGAGAAUUGUGAAAAUAUUUCAUGAGCUAUCUCAAUGACAUUUUGCACACGUGUACUUCAACAAAUUAUGCAGGCCUACUUUUAAUAUGAAAGACCUACUUUGAAUAUUUAGACCGAAUUUUUCAAUGCGAAGAUGCCUUAUAUUGACAUAUGAUUUUCCUCACUUAAAGUUGAGAUAAAGAACAAAUUAACUCAAUGGGAAUGUAGUUCAACAUUUCUCCUAACGUUAAUGGGCGGAGUCAAACCUUAAUUAUGGGCCAAAAAGACUCCUAAUUUAUUCAAAUUACAUGCACAUGAAAAAAUUAAAAACUCUGAUCCUACUGCGCCGACACCCAUUUCCGAUACAAAAUUACUAGGAGUGUCCCUUGCUUCGGCGAAGUAUAUACCUAAAUCGAUCCCUAUAACCUGAACCCUAAUUCACUGCAACUAUAAAAACAUGAAAAUGACAUCACGGGGUGAAAACUAAGAAUCAGCCCAUUUACUUAGAUUUAGUGACAGAAUUAACUGGUCUUGUCAACCAAGAUGGUGGCCAAUCAUGGCAUCCUCUCUCAAAAUUUACCAUUUAAAGUCCUCUAACUUCCGCUCAAUACAUUUGUCUGAUUUGUUCAGUUCUGAACUGAUGAUCAUAUUGCAAAAAUUAUUGUGGUCACCACAUUUCAUUUUUUAGUUUAGUCUUGACUAAGUUUAAGUUAAUUCUAAUUCCGCCCUCUACAAUUAAAGCAGACGUGUUUGAUUUGUUGUACAUUUGACACUUUCUUUUAGAAAAAAAAUUUGAUGGUUUGACUUUGAAAAUUUAACGUAAAUAAUAGCUAACUUCACUCAUUCAUAACUUUUUUUGCGGAAAAUAUCAAUUUAAAAUAAAAAAAAAAAGUUUUAGAUGAAUGCUUAAAUGACAAAAUAUCCAAAAGUUGUGAGGUUAGGACCAGUGCACUUGCAAGAAAUCUUUAUAAAGCUUUAGUCAUGUGUGUCCCAAAAUGACCUAUUUUCGAUAAUGGAUUUUUUUUGGUUGAAAAUACUUGAUUUACACUGGAAGUCCAGCAUAUUAACCUUCUGAUAAAUCAUUUUAAAACAUAUAUAGGCCUACAUUGAGAAUAAAUAUAGGUACUUCACUAAACGGCAUGCGCCGAUCGAUUUUUCGGAUGUCGGAAACAGACCAUUAUCCGAUGACCGGUCAAAGCCGGUAGGUCAUGGGGCCAUAAUGAAAUAAAGUUUCUUUUGUCUACGUAAGGGAGAGACAAUGAACUUGUUAUAGUCUGUUUUGUGCACACGAGGAGGACGAUCAUAGCCAUAGCAACAUAAACCUUGUCACUGGAAUUAUAGCGCUUGUAGCAGAUAUCUUUCGUUGAGUAAACAGGUAAGUUUGCUAGCACUAUAUCUCGGGUAACCAUAAUAGUUUUCCAAUUAAUUCUUUUUCUUUUCAAUGAAAGAACCACUUAAAUAAUUGAAUCAACAUCGUGAAAUUUAGAUAGGACUUAAAUUGUCUAGACGUGGUAUAAUUUGAGCAUAUUUCGUUACCAGUUAUCGAUUAGGCCAAAUGAACCGUAAGUGAUAGUCUUUCUAUGUUAUUCUUCUUAUUACAUAAGAAAGUAUUUAAAAUCUUUAUUGAUCCAUUGUUUUUAAAAGCCAUUCAAUUCAUUAAUAUUACUUAAUUUGUUUUAAUUUUAUGACUGAAAACAAUUUUAUACAUAUUUUUGAAAUUUCAUUAUUAUUCUUUUAAAUAAUAAAAUUUACAUUCAUGAUAACCAUGUCAAAUCUAAAUCAACUUUAGUCAUUUAAAUCUUUGUUUUUAUUGUUAUAAUUAUCAAACUAUCCAACUGUAAAUUAUAUUUUUGGUAAAGGACAUUGUCCUUAACUAAUGAUAUUGAUAUAAUUUAUCUUUAAUUCAUUUUAUAUAAUCAAUGAAUUGUAGGCUCGGCAGCUACUGAACUUCAUUGUCAAUUUUUACUAAGUUAUAUAAUUUUAUUUAUAUUUAUCUUCUAAAUAACCUGAAUCCCCUUUUUAAUUUUCCUUUUGUAUACCCUUUCUUGCCUUAUAAGCUUUACUGCUUUAUUUCAAAGCUAUUAUAUUAGACUUUUCAGGCUUAGUCCAGUCUUUAAUUUUGAUCAUUGCAGAACUUUAUUUGUAAACAGCUAAGCUGGUAGUUUGGUGUUAACAUUUCUUAAAUGUGUUAUCAUUUUCUUUCUUUUAAAUAUACAGUCAUGUCACCACCACUUUUUAGAGGAGCUGUGAAGAGUUAUACUUCUAGUACUACCAGUACCUACAAUUCACACCUGUCCAUUCCAUUUGGAUGAGCUGUAAUGAGGACUCAAGUCAAGACUACCAGACUUUUUUAAAUAUAAGUAAAUUUAUAUCCAUGAAUGAAUAAGGUUUCCUAAUGGAUAUGUAUUAUGUAAUAAAAACUUGGCUUACUCUGAAUAAAAAUAAUUUUAGAACAUUACAAUAUAAUAUCUAUACUGGAUAGACAGGAUAAAUAAAAUCACCAUCCUCUUAAUUAAUAAAUAAUUUAAUUACAAAACUAUCACACGGAAAUACACAAUCUUUACUUAAAUUUAAUAUAUAUAAAAAUUAAAUAUAGAAGGUAUCUUUUGUUACUUAUGUUAAAAUGCCUAUUUUGGGCUUAAUUAAAAUGAAUUUUUAUCUCACAUUUAAUUACAAGGAGUUUGUGUAGUGAUGAAGUGGAAGAUAAUGCCUCUCCUGCUUAGAGGUACUGACCUCCCAGCUAUGCCAAGUGUUUAUUCAGUAAAUCUUUUCUAUAUAAUUCUCUGGAUACUUCUCUGGGAUAUGGCCUCUGCUGCCAAAAUGUGCCUGCGUGAAUAAUUUCACUUUGUUGCACUGGUCUUUCCUGUUUUAAAAAAAAAACUAUUAGGUGUGUCCACUGGACGAUCCACCACAGUAUGGACCACCUGAGCAUAAUCUUAACAGCUAUUGAAAUAUUUCACUAUCAAAUGCAUUUAUUUGGAAAUUUAUACACUCCUAUUUAUCAUCAUGGUGGGUGGAAUCAACAAUAUUGAAACAAAGUAAUCUAUUUUUGGAAAAAUCGUUCAUCGUUACCAAUGGUAUCUACACUCAGGACUCCAUUUAUCUAUGUCAUAAACUGAAUCAAUACCAAUGGUAUCUAUAACUGUCACAAAUUUGAUCAAGAUUGCCAUGGACUCGGCCAACACAUUACUUUUGACCAUCAUCUUUCUAUGAAAGAAGAUGUAUCUCUUUUAUUCAGCCCUUCAUUGAACUAUAAAAGUACUGGUACUAAUAUAAUAUUAAGUGAUCAUCAUCUGUACUGUAGAUUUCUAAUACUAACGCAUUGCUACUUGGAUUAUCAAUUUCAUGGAUGAUUGGAUUUAACAUUUGUGAUUCGCAUUUUUUCAAUGCGACUUAUCCAUUAUUAUACAUUAUUUUAUAAAUCUUUGCUGUGGAAUUAUUCACAGUAUUAAUAUAAGAUCACGAUAUGAUUGUAUGCAUUAACUCAAUGGGUUGAAUUGGAAAUAUUUAUGCAAUUUGUAUUUUUAAUGCACAAACAGGCUAAAUUUUCAAAUUAAAUCUUUCACUCUCUGUUGCCACUGGUUUAAUUCGUUUAUUGAUGUAUUAAUAUUUAAAUGGGUUAUUAUAAAAGCCCAAUGCCUAAUUAAACUAUGCGGAAAAUUUGAAGGCUUUAACUUUACAGGUAAAAUAGUCAAGGCAUUUUGAGUACCGGGUAUUGAGAAUGGGCGCUACAUUUUUAAUGAAAUUUACUUACCCUCUGUUGUUCUAAUCCGCGCAUUAAUACAUUAGUCAAAAUAUUAAUAUGAAAAUGGAUUAUUAUAAAAGCUCAAUACCUAAUUAAACUAUGCUGAAAAUUUGAAGGCUUUUACUUUACAGGUAAAAUAGUUCUGGCAUUUUGAGUAUUGAGAACGGGUGCGACAUUUUUAAUGAAAUUUACUCACCCUCUGUUGUUCAAAUCCCGCGCAUUAAUACAUUAGUCAAAAUAUUAAUAUGAAAAUGGAUUAUUAUAAAAGCCCAAUACCUAAUUAAACUAUGCUGAUGAAGGCUUUUACUUUACAAUUUAAAAAAAUAUGGCAUUUUGAGUAUUGAGAACAGGCGCUACAUUUUUAAUGAAAUUUAUGUACCCUCUGUUUGUCAAAUCCCACUCAUUAAUAUAUUUUUGACUCUUAAAAUUUGAAAGCUUUUUUUCUAAUUAAGAUAGAAAAAUAAACUUGGUAUCAAUGGAAAGGAAAUACUGAGUCUUUUCUAAUGAUAUAAGUUUCAUUAAUAUAUACCGGUAAAAACUUUGAAAUUUUUAGUGAAGUACCUAAUAAAUAUCAACAAUUAGCUUGAUGUUCUCUGUAUUUGAGCCUGAUUUUAAAAAGACAACUAGGAUCCAUCAAACUGAAACAAGUUCAAGGAUCAUUUUGAGCUGCUUAUAAUUUAAAGAGCCACAUCGGACCAUUUGCAUAUCAGAUGUAUACCUCUUGUUUUAAAGUUAAUGAAUAAUUAUUUUACUUUCAUUAAAAUUUAAUGUGGGAUGCGGGGGAUACUCAUAAACUAAAAGUCUAACCAACGGGUAUGGGAGAGAAACAAGUUUGGGAACCGCUGCUCUAGUAACUUAAUUAUCCCAAGAUGUGUCAAACUACCCUUAUUUUUUAUAUUAUAUAUAUUAUUUUUUUUUUUCCAAAAUCAACAUAGAUAGACAUAUGUAUUUAUAGAUAUAUAUAUUUAUAGAUAACAUGUAUUAAAAUGUCUAAUUGUUUUAUUUAUGCAAAGCUAAUCCCUUGUUACAAGUUUUUAGAAACAUUUGCUUGUAAAUAUUUAGUGACAGAUUUGAAACUAGAAUUCGCAACCUGUAAAUUGGUUAAAGAAAUCAAACCUCAUAGAGGGUUGAGGUUUUAUCUAUAAGGCUGUCAUAUACAACUUGUGGUUAACAAGCAUAUUUUUAGCUAUUUAUCCAUUACUAGUGAUAAGCCAUGGAAAAUGAAGCAAUUAGUAGACUGCUCAGCUAACCUUAACAUUGUUUUUUUAUUCAUUAAUACACAAUAAAAAUUAAACAACUAAAAUUCAACUCUUUUAUAGUGUAAUUCAGUUAAUAAUAUAUUUUUUUAAAUUAAUUUUUUCUAGGAAAACUUCAUUCCACUUUUUCCUGGAUAAGCAAAAUCUAGGGAAAUGAGAAACCCUAGUUUAUUAUAGAAGCAAAUGGACCCACGACCUCCAUACAUUUGAAAAGGCUUUUUCAUAGGGUGAAUUUCGAUUGCAUUUAAACAAAUAAAAACUAGACUUUUCAGUAACGUAAAUUAAAUUUAAAACAUACUUUUUGUUUAUUGUUUCGGCUGGCUCACCCACAGAAACCCUUUGCAACCCUAUUUGAGUUCAUUUUUCAUGAGCUGCCUGAAUCUAUUAAAUAUUCUUCUUCUAUAUAUUAAGGGCCCACAAUCAAUUUAUUUAUCAUUUUGGCUCCUAUGCAUGUAGAGAAGAUUUGCAAUGUUUCUGUACCUGGUGUUAGUGAGGAAUUUCACUGGUUGCAAGGGCUACUCAGUGAGGGUAUCAUGAACUGGGGGUUGGAAGGCCUGAGGCAAUAGACGCAAAUGUUUCAAGUGUUUUCGCCUUAACUGUUUCUUUUGAAAGUUUGCUCCAGUCCCUGAUUGUCUUUGGCAGGAAUGAGCAGUUCCUAUACUGGCUUUUUGCUAGUAUGACCCAGAACUGCCUGUCAUGGGGAGAGGGAUGAGUUUUUGUUUAAUAUUGGAGCAGUGGACCAGCCCAUUAUUUAUUUUGUACAUCAUGGAGAGCCUAGUUGUCAUCGUUACUUCAAUGGUGACCAGCCCAGUGUUUCCAGCAUGCUGCCAACACUAGAGGUAUUCCUGUAGCGGUUCAGGACAAAGUGUGCUGCCCAUCACUGGACCGCCUCCAACCUGUGGAUGCUCUUCUGGGUAAAUGGGUCCCAGACUGAAGAAGCGUAAUCUAAAAGCAGCGGACAAAGACUUAUACACUGGAGUUGCCGAUCUUUAGAUUUCGCCUUAAGAACCCUGGUGUCUUGUUUGCCUGUUUGCACACAUUGUUAAUAUGCUCGUCCCAGCGCAUCCCUUUUUGAAUGGUAACACUGAGGUACCUUACGGAGGAAACUGGCUUAAGUAUAUGGCCAUGCAGUUUGUAAGGGUGGUAUAGAGGAGUACAACUUCUAGAGACCGACAGUGUCUGGCACGUGGCAGGAUGAAAUUCCAUGUCCCAGCCAAUCUCCCACUCAGCUAACCGAUUGAGAACCUGUUGUAGCAGGUCCUGGUCAGAUCUGUUGGGGAUCAUCCUAUACACCCCUGUGUCAUCUGCGCACAGUCUUACUAGGGAUGUCAGUUUCUCGGGUAGGUAAUUGAUUUAUGCUAGGAACAAACAGGGGCCUAGCACUGAGCCCUGUGGAACCCCUGACUGUACUCCUACAAAGGAGGAGCUUGUACCGUCCAUGACAACUGCCUGGCAUUGGUUGUCGAGGAAGCCAGAAAUCCAUGUUUUAGUCGUGCCUUGGAUCCCAUAUCUCUGAAAUUUGUGUAAAAGUAAACUAUGAUUGACACUGUCAAAUGCCUUUGAGAAGUCCAUCACCAUCACGUCAGUUUGCAUGCUGUUUUCCAGAUUGGUCAUCAAGUGUUCUACAAUUCAAGGAGUUGGGUUUCACAGGAUCUAUUGAAUCGUAAGCCAUGCUGACAGUCAUUGAGUAAAUUUUGGGUCUUAAGAUGCUUCAUGACUUCGCUUAUGAUUAUGUGCUCCAACAGUUUGCAUACCACGCUGGUGAGGAAUAUCAGAUGAUAGUUGGCAGGGUCAGAAUGCUCCCCUUUCUUGAAGAUUGAAGUGACAUGCGCUACUCUCCCGUUUGCUUGAACAAUGCCUGUGCACCGCGACGAGGAUUGUCAGUGCAGGAGCGAUUUCUUUGGGUAAUUCUUGGAGCACUCGUGGUUUGAUGUUGUCAGGACCAAAUGCUUUGUUGGGGUUAAUGGUUUUGAGGAGGGCAAGCACACCCUGCUCUGAAAUCUGGAUAUCUUCCAUGACGGGUUAGGUUCUGUUCAUCAUGUUUAUCUUCAGAAGGAACUCAGCCUCCAAUUACUCUCUAGCAUCAUCAAAUAAUUUUUUGAAUAUAGAAAUUGAGUCUUCAGUCUCACAAUCCUCUGACAUUUCUGUGAGCAGAGUGUAAACUUCAUCAGAUAAAAAUUUUCGAAUUUUUUAAAAUUUACACAUUUUCUAUCAUUAGCACAAAAGUAAAUAGUUGUUAAUUUUACAAAAAAUAUAAAUGUCUCGGAUAGCUGUGGGACAUGUAAAUGUUUAUUAUUUUUUAAAAGUGAAUAUGUUUGGAAAAAAAGGCAGUAGAUGGAAUAUAUGUAAAGAUAUUAAUAUUUAUUUAACUAUUUUUCUGCUAUGUACACAAAACUCUGUGUUAAUAAAUGUCGUAUCCGGAAAUUUGAUCGAAUGAAAUUUCGUCGACGGUAAAUUGAUUGACGGUAAUUUGAUAGAACGGAAAUUUGGUCAAAUCUUUUUUUCAGUUUUUACUUUAAAAUUUUCCUUCAAAUUUCUCUUUGAACGCAUUAUUUUGUUUUACUAUAUAGUAUAGUGCGUUCAAAAAGAAAUUUGACAAAAAUUUUAAAGUGUGAACUGAAAAAAAAGAUUCCACCAAAUUGCUGUUCGAUCAAUUUACCGUCGACGAAAUUUCUUUUGAUCAAAUUUCAGGUUACCAAUAAAUGUAGGCUACUGUCAUUGUGUGCCUCAGUAUAACUUUUUUAUUUUUUUUUUAACAUGUCUCGGUUAGUCCUUGUCAUCUCAUUAGAUUAACAAUGACAAUGAUUGGCUAAAAAUCCUGGCCAAUUAAUUUUUAAAAAGUGACCACACUAUUUAUCAGACUGAAUGGCUCAUCAAAGUUACAGUUUCUUUUUAAGCAAAUUAAGGAUUAUAAUGACUUUAACCUGUGCAUUUUGUUUAUUUGCAGAAUGAUCAGAGAAGUUAAAAUUAAAUGAAACUGAGUCAAUCCAUAUACUAUAAUAAGGCAUGGGUUAAGGAAGAUGAAAAAUCACCAAAACAUGUUCUGUUAUAGAAAUCCUAAAUAAUGCCAGCCCUGUUUCGUAGAAAAUAUAGAACUCUGGGCCUGCUGGGGGUGGUGGCUGUCUUGUUUUAUCUGCUUCAGUGUUUCACUGUAUCCAAGCUCGGCCACCUUUCAAGUCAGAAUUCCCAGCUCUGGGUUGGUGAUCAUGUGCUGAAAAAUAUAGCGGACAGAGGAGGAGGGUUUGUUUUAAGCGAUGACUCCUACCAUCACGAGGGUGAAGACAACUAUUUAGACUUCCACAAAGGCCGCAACAGUGUGGUUGACGCAGACUCCAGGUUUCACAUGGAUAAAAAUGUGGAUAAACCAUUCAAAGCGCAAAAAAACUCAUCAAAAUCUAAUCCAGCACACCUCAAAAAGAACUCUUUAACUGUCAGUAUGGAAAGUUUGAAGCAGAACACCAAGAAGAUCAUGGAAGAUGUUAAGCUGGUACCCGAGGGUGCUAAGGGUAAAACAGUUGAUGAUUUGAGUAGAGCAAACCCUAAAGCCGGAGAAGACAUUGUUAGAAGGCAUGGGAAUGUUCAAGUUAAUUUGUUGGGAGUGCAUUCAUCAGAAAAGCAUCUAUUCAAGACUGAUGAGGACAACAUGAUUGGCUGUUUGACUAUGAGAGAGGUAAAUGAGGUGUUACAUGAUUGGGUGUUUGAAUAUGAGAGAGGUAAAUGAGAUGUUACAUGAUUGGGUGUUUGACUAUGAGAGAGGUAAAUGAGAUGUUACAUGAUUGGGUGUUUGACUAUGAGAGAGGUAAGUGAGAUGUUACAUGAAUGGGUAUUUGAAUAUGAGAGAGGUAAAUGAGAUGUUGCGUGAUUGGCUGUUUGACUACUAGAGAGGUAAAUGAGAUGCUAACGUGAUUGUAUUAUUUAAAAGCUUGUAUGCUAAAAAUUUAAAACAACUGAAAAAACAUCUAGCAUUAUAUAAAGUUAUUUGUUAAGUUUUAAUUAGGUAGAAAUUCUGUCUGUAUUAUUAACUAUCAAUUUGCACUUAAAACAUCUUAUUUCACUCUAAAAAUAAUUUCUGCCAUCUCGUUGAUCUUUUUGACAGAUCCAUGUAUCCAUUGAUCAAGUGAAUGAUGACUUCUGUGAUUGCCCUGAUUCAAGUGAUGAACCUGGCACAUCAGCUUGCCCUUAUGGCAAGUGAGUUCAAGUAAAUCUUGUGCCUGAUUGGUUGCAUGUGUCCUGGCAAAGUUAUUUAUAGCAACAUAUAGAAUAUCUUCUUACGCCUCACCACCCCAGUACAUCCCCUUACCACCCCAGUAUAAUGCCCUCACCACUCCAUUUUAUCUCUUCACCACCCCAGUAUAACCCUGUUGCAAAACCAGUAUAUUCUUUCAUCACCCUAGUACAUCCUGUCAAAUCAUGCAUUAGAUAACAGUACUUAAACUAAUAUGAUGUUUCACAGAUUCUACUGCACAAAGCAACUCCUGGAUUCACCACCCCAGUACAUCCCAUCAAGUCAGGUUAAUGAUGGCAUCUGUGAUUGCUGUGAUGGCAGUGAUGAGUGGGAUGGGACAUUAGUGCCAAAUUACAUGAGAAUUAUGUGCAAGUACUCAUGUCUGAAAUUGAGUUUUCAGUCUCACAAGCUAUUUGUGAAGCAACUUUAAAAUAAAACUUUUUUUUUUCAUUUCUUGUACUAGUAACCAUGCCUGAAAAAAAGAUGUGAAACUUUAUCUAACUACAGACCUGUUUACUCUUACGAUUUUGGCGUACAAUGUAUGAUUUUUAAGGUGUGUACAUGUUUAUACUGUAGGUUUAUUAUAUUACAAUAAGAUAAUGUUUUAAACGAUUUUGUGAUGAUAUUGUACGAUUUGAAGAGUUUGAGGGUAAACAGGUCUGUUAUGGUAACUAUAUUUCUAAGCAGUUAAAUCAAGUAGUCCUCAAAAUUAAAGUUCCCCCUCAAGUACAAGUACAAGCAUUGUAACAAUCAGAGGUCAUAGUUUGUUGGAAGUGGUCUAAAGCAGUGGUUCCCAAACUUUUAAGUUUGGCAGACCGGUGAACACGUUUCGAAAUUUUACCAGGGACCGGUGCAUGAUUUAUUUUUAUACUUUUAUUUCUAUUUAACAAUAAAUAUUUAUGUUAUGGGGACCGGCAGGUUAGGCAUGUGGACUGGUGAAGGUCCACGGACCGCCAUUUGGGGACCACUGGUCUAAAUGGACAACAUUCACUUUUAUGAUGUGAAAAAAAAAAGCUGAAAAAAUUUACUUAACAUAUUCACACAAAAAUAAACUAAAAAGGGUUAUUUAUUUAUUUUACAUAAACACCGAAAAAAGUUUGCCUAUAGAUGGGUGGGAGUUUCUUUAAACAUUUGUACAAAAAAUCAUGGCAAUCAUCUUGACAAUGGUGUAAUUUUGCUUGAAAGAAAUGAAAUUUUAAACCUGGAGCUACGUGUUGUAAGGAGAAUCAGCUGUUCUGUUCCAGCAGAUUUCUGCUAUCCACACAGCUGGCAGACCCUAAAGAAUGUCAAAUAGCUAACACAAUUUAGUAGAAACUUUGUUUUCAGGAUCUGCUGAAAUUUCAUUGAGUUCAAUGGCUUAUAUUUAGAGAUACAAAUAGAGGGUGGAGACUAUGAAAUAAAUAUUUUAAUUUAAUCUAGAUUUUCUAUGGAUGCACCUAGGCAUAAGCAGGGCAAAGCACAUUUUUUUCUGGGUAAGACGUUACAUUAAAAGUGAAAGGGAAAAUAUUUAGAGAGAGAAAUAAUGUGUAAAUAUUUAAUAUUUUGAUUAUUUUCCAAUGUCUCUUAUCUUCAUAGCUGGUUCCCCACUGGGUGCCGUCUAUCAUGCUCCAUGUUCUGAUAAAUGUGGAGAAAUUCUUGCCAUACGUCAGAAUGAGGCUGUUGUUAGGACCAGAGGUCGGGAAGCCCAGAAAAAGUAUUUGGAGCAGGCCACAUCAGAACUGACAGAAAAGGAGAGAGUGGUGAGGUUAAAAUUAAUAAAUAUUAAAAAAAUUAGACAUAUUUUUCUUUAAUCUAUUUAAUUUGCUUUUAUUGAACAGAAUACACAAGAAUCGUUUUCCAUUAACACUUUUUAUGAAAAUACUUCUUUGUUGUAAAAUCAAACAAAAUUGCACAAUAUAGCUUUCUUCAGGAAUUUUGCUAUGGAAAACUGGCUUUUCUUAUAGGAGAGCAUGUUUAUCUUUGUAGAUUUACAUGUAUGUCUAUUCCUUAAAUUAUGUUAUAUUAACUUUAUUGAUUAUGUUUGUCUCUUGAUCUGGGAUCCCACUUGGAAUUGAUAUCCCAUCGGGAUACCAUCUGGGCAACGCUGGAUAUAUUGGAUAAAUAUAUGUAUAUAUAUAUAUAUAUAGAUAUACACAUUAGAAUCAGGUUAUGUUGACGGCCUAGGGGUUUGCCAAAAAGCGUCGAGAUAAACGAUGAUCGAGAUAAACGAAAACCAAAAUGGUGGCAAUAUAUUAACAUGUGUUUGAAAUCUCUUAAUGUAAAUGAUGUGCGUUAAUAAAUGUAGGUACUUCAGUAAAAGAAUAUCUUUAAAAAUAUUAGUUAUUUAGAGCAAAUUUCAAAUUUUAAAAAAUUAAACCGGAAUAAAUUUUUUAGCUUAUUCGGCUGACAUUCUCGUUCUGUACUGUGGCGGCCGAAAAAAAAAUCAGCCCAUAAAAAACACGGUCCGAUAGCAACUUCCAAUCCAAUAUUUAACCGGAAUUACAACCACUUCCUUUUAUUAAUAAUUAAAUCAUCUUCCAGUUCAAAGUUUCGUGAUAACUUGAAAAUAAAUUAUACUUUUUAAUCAGACUAAUCAGAGUUUUAUCUCGCUGUUUUUUUUAAAGCUAAAAUGGUUGAAGCCAUGGCUGGGCCUUCAGUGCAAGAACUAAUAGAAAUAUGUUUGAAAGCUUUUUAGGUGAAGUUUUAAGUGAUACUGAUACUGGUGAUGAUUUUAACUUUCCCCAUGACGAUAACAGUUGAGUUUAUUCUUCUCAUGAAUUUUAUACUAGUCUUAGUGAUGCUAAAGUAGGCCUACUGAGGCUACUGUUAGACUUUGAGCCCGGCCCGGAGGUUGGGCAAGGAGUGACUGAAUUUUAGUCACAGAAGCUACAGAUUAUAGUUCAGAACUAGUAAAUUCUAUAGUUAAACAAACCAAAUCAGUUACAAAGUUCCUUUUUAAAUGUUUACUAGUCAAUAAUAACUAUUUUGCCUGAGAUUUUGUAUUUUGUACUUGGUUUUAGCAGUGGUCCCAGUUUCUUAUAUAAAUGACCUAAAAUUACUAAAAUUUCUUUCAUAGGUUUUAUUGUAAUCAAAACCUCAGCAAACUAUACAUUUUCUUAAAGAUAAAUGAAUUGGCUACAAUAUUUAGAUUUGUGUAUUAAGGGUAUCUAUAAAAAUUAAUGAUGUUAUGAGCACUUGAAAGCAAGACAUUUUGUCGAUUUUGUUUUUUCUUAAGAACUUCAAGGUCAAGGACACUGAGCAAAAAAUUUUUCUACGGGGUGUGCAAUAUUGCCAAAGUUAUCCCCAUCCAUUUACCUUUCUAAAAAUAUAACUUAUAGAGGUCUUGUAUCAAUAUUUUCUAUGUCAUUUAAUGCAAUUUCAAAUGGCACUCAAAACGCUCUAAAAAGCUCCACACCACAGAAUGAUAAUGCCACAGUUCGUGGGUUGAAAUACGAGUUCGAUUGGUAUUUUCUACUAUGGAUGAAGCCUCAAAAUUUUGAGACCUCAUUCUGCUGAUCGCAUCAUGCACAAUGACUAUAUAGUUUAUGUAAGUAUAAGGCAAUGCAUCCCCUCAUUAAUAAGAUACAAUUUAGGAACUAUUUAUUUUGAACUUUCAACUUUGGCUCACGACUAUUUAAUUAAAGCUUUCCCGACCAGUGGUUUAACAGUUUAAGCACACAGCAAACUCUUAUGAAUGAAUCUCUGAAGUAGUAUCACGGCAAAGCCAUUAUGCAAGUGACUGAUAAUGGCUGCCCAUGACAACGUUUUGCACUCUGCAAAUUAUGAUCAAUUAUAAUAUGGACGCUACAGGGUUUUUAAACCUCAAAUUAAAACAUAUUUAUUUAAAUUACUUCUAGGUUCAUUCUAAAACACAAGUCCUGUAUUUUGAGAAAUAAAUAAUUAUUUUUAAUUAUGAAAAGCUUGUUUAUUUGUUAUUUGUUAUUUCUUCUUGCGAAGUUCAAAAGCCUGCGCUUGGUUAUGGAGAUUGAGAUACGAGGUUAAGAGGCAAAUUUGGCCCCCUUUUGUGCUCGAAACAUUAGGGUUCAGUGACAUAAAAGAAUCAACAUAACCGUUGAUAAAAUGAGAAUUUGGCAGUUCCACGUAAAAAAAGUCGACUUAACAGGGUUGGCGAGUUAACCGAGGUGUAGAUAAGUGGCUUCAACUGUAUAGUUACUUUGAAAAUAAUCUGUGGAACUGAUUCAAACUGGGAAUUAUUUUGACCAGAAUUUAUAUACUAAAGGGCCUCUUAGUCUUAACAAAACCUCGCAACAGAGAACAUGGUCGGAUACAUAUAAGUUACCAGACAGAUUCUGGUAAAUUAUAAGUCUGAAAAAUCAUAUUAAUACUAUUUUACUCUAAUUCAGCGGUUCUCAACCUGUGGGUCGCCUUUCACAGGGGUCGCCUGAGACCAUCUGAAAAUACAUAUACUCUACAGUUAUGAAGUAUCAACGAAAAUAAUUUUGUGGUUGGGGGUCGCCACAACAUAAGGAACUGUAUUAAAGGGUCGCGGCAUUAGAAAGGUUGAGAACCGCUGCUCUAAUUGACCUAUAAACUACACUUGUAAGCAUGGGGAUACCAUAUCACUUUUUAGUAUGGGAUUUAAUAUCACUUAUCAAAAUGGGGAUAUCUUAUUCUUAUCAUGAAUUACACAGAAACCAUAUUUUGAUGUGUUUUUCAAAUAAUCUUUUUCACCAAUUUUUACAGCCAAAUAAUCUAACCAUUUUAAUGCCAAAAUAUUUGUAAAAUUUAAAUUAAAUUAAAUAUGAAAAGUAUUGCUUUAAAUUUUAAAAAAAUUUCGAAGGUAUCGAUUUGGAAUUGCAAAGCAGCUAAUGCAUUUGUUAGUGAAAAAGUUAUUAUUGAUUAGUUUUCUCCUACAGAAAUAUGGCCCCAAUGGGAUCUUCUAUGCCCUUAGCAAACAGUGCUAUAAGGUCAAGGCUGACUCAUAUGAAUACGAGGUUUGUCCAUUUGAUAAGGUCAGUCAGCAGUCUUUCCCGCAUGCUCCUGUCAUUCUAGGACGUGCAUCAUCAGUUGUUCUGGACAAGGGAGAGCACCUAUUGAUAAUGGACCAGGGAGAUAACUCCUUAUGUCCUUUUGGCAGGGGCAGAAAAUCAAAGGUGAGGAAUACUUUUUUUUUAAAAUUGACAAAGAAUAACUUAUUUUUUAUUUUUGAGUGUGAAAAUUCAUUCUCCAGGACUAGUUAGGAAUAUUUAGGAGAUUGAAUUUUUGAAUAAAAAAUAAUAAAAUUAAAACAUUUGUCCGAAACCAGUAGAAAGACCUGAAAUGAAGGAAUAUUUCUUAUUUGACAUAUGACAACAUCUGAUAUUUCCUGUAUGUUUUUCUAUAUAUAGUUUUAAAUAAUUUAGCCCUGAAUUCUGAGCAGUCAUAUUUUAUAUUUUCCUUAUUUUGAUUUUAUGAUUUAGAAACUCUUUGUUCAUGGUAAUUUAGUUGGUCAAAUUGCUGCCUUGCACCUUAUCUCCUGGGCCCUGAUCUUUUUGUUAACUCCUUCUAACCCUGCAUGAAACAUCUUAUCAUGUCAAGGAUUAAUUUGCUUAAGAUGUUAAUACUCAUACAUGAUUCUUGCAGUACAUUCUCUUUCAUAAAAUAGGCAACCAACAAUAUUUUUUUAAAAACUACUUUUCUCUAUAAAGGCAGACACAUAUUUUUAUUUCAGAUUUACCUGUUGUGUGGUCUAGAAGACAAAUUGUUGAGAGUGUCAGAAUCUGAGCUUUGUGAAUACACAUUUGCCAUGAGCUCCCCAGCCGCUUGUUGAUUGGUCAUCAAGAUAUCAAAAGUUUUCACUCUUUGGGAUACCACAGAAGUCCCCAACUAUUGGCUGAUUUAAGCUCCUUUGGAAAUUAAGGAUUAUAGUAUAAAACUCUUCAUCAUGAUUAUGAUGAGAAAUAAUGCAUUGGUGAAUGCACUACCGUUUAUUUCACUGUAGGAUUUAACAAAAUUCUAACAUGUCAAUUUUUAUGCAAAACCCAAUACAUUGUUUUUAUGAACCCACAGGGGAAAUUGCAAUAUAAAUCCUAGUUUAUGAGCAAUGGGUGUGCAUUUUAAAUUGUUGAAAGUAAUGAUGUGAAAGAAAACUUGUUCUGAUUCUCACUCUAAAUUUGCUGCCCAAAACAGAUUCUUACAUUCCACAUGCAUAUAUUUUUUUAUUGAAGUCUUUGCCUAUUUCUCUGUGUUUUACUGGCUUAAAUUCUAGAACAUGAAAAAAAAAAUAAUAAUUCAUCGGGAAACAAUAAGGAUCCACAAAAGACAUAUAUUAAUAAUGGGUUAAUUUUGUUAACAAUUGAAAUUAAAAUUAAAGCUGACUUGCAGUAAAAAAAACAUAACACGUCAUGUGGAGUAUUAUUUAAUCACAUUUAUGGAAAUGGAAUAGGACAUUUUUUUUUCUUUAUUUUAAAAAAACCUAAGAGUAAUACAAGCCAUUUGAUAUUAGUUUAUCAGAUGCAAACUAACUUCCAUAGUUUAUUAUCUUGUUUCCAUUGAAGAUGAAUUUGAUAUCGGUGAAAUCGAAAUCUCACAGCAUUCAAACAAAAUAAAUACUUAAUUUCGCAAAGCCAUCAAAUUUGUCGGUCCUAAUGAGCCCCUGGCGAGUAAAGCAGUUAUUAAAUUUUUAAAUGCCAAUUCCAUAUAACUGUCAAAUAACUUAUGUGCUUGUUAAAAUUGCAACGUAACUGAAAUGUCUUUGUAUAAUGUCUGCUGAGGCUGUGAAUAUUAGUGUAAUAUCUACUGACACUGCCAAAUGGUCAUUAAAACAAAAGCAUAUGUCAUGUAAUAAAGUUUAUAUUCCUGUAUGUAUUUUUAUUAUUAGUUGUGUUCCUUAAUUUUUGCCAGAAAUGUUCUGACAGCACACACUUGACAAUUGUUUCAUUCUGUUUAAUGAGCACACAUGUUACAUCUUAUGAUUCCUUCUUUUUCAUGAAACAUAUUGCAUAAAAAUAUUUAUUUUAAAAUGGUAUUCCAGAAAUGUCAAACUUAGCAUCCUCUUUUUUUUUUUAAUAAUAUUGUUCCAGUUUUAGAGGUUUUAGAUUUUUAGAUACUGGUACCAGUACAUGAAUUUAUUCCAUAAUGAUGGGAGGGUGGAUGAAACAGGUGAUAAUCAUAUAAGAUAUGAAGUAUGAUUAUAAUUGAUUCAAUUAUAUUUAACCUAUCUUACACUAACUUAUAGCAUUUUUUAUCUUUAUACAUUAAAAUGUAGAGCUAAAUGUUUUAUAUAAAGUUCUGAUGAGGUGCAUUCUGAUAAGGUGCAGGGGAAGAUCUUCUUAGAGAGCUUAUUCUGCUGUAAGUGCCUUCAAGCAAUAAUUUUAAAAGUAAAAAAAGUCUUCGAAGUAAUGAUUGUGAAAAGAAGAAAAGGGAAUAGUUAUGAAGUUCAAUUAGAGUGCCUUCACCCAAUACUUGCAAUAUUAUAUCUACCCGAAUUAAUAUUAAUGUUUGAUGUAUUUUAUCAUUUAUGUUAGAAUUUCGUCAUGGUUUUUCAGUCUUAAAAUAUAAUAUAUUAUGAUACCGUACAAACACGUUACCCCUUCAAUUAAAAUUGUAAGGUACAUAUCAUAUAAUAAAUUGCAAAAAGUGUCAUUGGUUGUGAGAACAAUUAUUUAUUUCCAUCAAAACGUGGUCAUCUUGGGUUGACCCCCAGCUACUCCAGCCCUGUAUACGACUAAUAAGAGGUACACAUUUAUGUCAUAAUAUAUCUAUUUAAUUUUAGAAAUGUCAAUGUUAGCAUGGUCUUUCAUUAUCCCAUCUCACUUGCCGCACACGUUUUGGAUCAUGCAUUGUAAUAAUUUGUAAUGGAAAUAAGUUUAUAAAAUACAUUGAUCUGCAC